CUAGCAGCUGAUCCAAUUGGCAUGUGGCAUCACGUUUCUGUCUGGGCGACUGGUGACAUGUCACCUGACUGACGUCUGUGUACGAAUUUCCCGGCGGGAACUGCGAUCCAUGACUAGCAGGCUAUGUUUAUACUUACAUAUUUGAUGAUAUUUGUGAUAUUAUUUUACGUUAAAACUAUCGGAUUGAAUGACAUUGACGAGAGUGAUGACGGCGAUCCUGGAUGGGGUUUAUUUGUCUCAGUUUCACAAGGAUAUGACGAGUAUCCAAGCUACAACAUUGGGCAUUGGACCCAGCAGCUACAUCUCCAACAUUGUGCGUUCGUUGAAAUUGGUGAAGAAUUUUGCGCCUUAUUCGUCGAACUUCGGAGCAUUCCAGUGGAGUCAAAAGUCUCUGACAGUUCUGAAGUCGGCGAGUUUUUUCUUGGCAUAUGUAAGUGCGCCACUGUUCGUUCUUGGAUUCUGUGUUCUGAUCAGCUGAUGCGACGGAGAAAAUCAGACUGUGUUUUCACGGAAGCUAUACCAUCGGCCAAUACCAGCGCACGCGUUCACAGAAGAUUAUGCGACGUAACACUGCUUACUAGAUAUGCCAAACCCUGCAAUUGCUCCAUACCAAUGGCCAAUCAACAACUUUAUCGGACUGAAGGGUUUCCAACUUGUUUCCGUACACCCCUACCAGAAUCUCUGUGUUCACCACGAGGAGUUUGCGGAGUGGCUCAAUGUUAUGCCACGACAAUUAGAGGAAUUCAUUCUCCACAAUGCGAUCCAGAAUGUCAUGAAAAACAGCCGUUUUGCGAAGAGUUUGGCCCAUGGACCUCGAUCCCUCCUGAAAUAACGUCUGUUUGGUCCCAUUGGUCUGCUCCAAUUUGUGAAAAUAGGGACGGUAGAAUUUUCUCAACAGCAACCGCGAUAUGCCGUAAUCAGCUCACAGGUAAACCAGCCAUUGACUGUAUCGGUCCAGGUUCAUUUUGCUGCCCAGCGGACACCAAGAGGUGUACUUGCAUUGUUCGGAAUGAAGAUGGCAUCUUGAAAGCUACUCGCAUAAUUGAAUUUGCACCUUGUCUAAUUAAUCUGAAAAAAGACAGUGCUAGGUCUUCUAGUAAAGCUCAUUCACGACGCCAAAAAAAUCACAAAUCAAGAUAUGAAUCCGAUCACUUGUAUCAGGAAAGACUGGGGCAACGUAUUAGAUAUCUGUCUGAUAUCGAAGCUGAGAAUCCCGGAAGCCCUUUGCGUAGGCGUUUGAUGUUUUCGAGCUACAAUUAUUUGGAAGAACACAGUUCAACUCCAGACACAGAUGCAGAGCUUGGACCUCCAGAAAUUAAACUUGUUGCUGAAAGUGAUAACGAUAAUGUUGAUAAUGGCGACAAUGACGAUACUAAAAAUAAUAGCGAAAGUGACGAUAAUUACGAAAUUGCCGACAAUGACGAUAAUGACGACAAUGACGAUGAUGACGACAAUGACGAUAAUGACGACAAUGACGAUAAUGACGAUAAUGACGAUAGUGACGAUAAUGACGAUUAUACCGACAAUGCCGAUAAUUCCGAUACUGGCGAUGACAAUGAAGACAAUUAUCAAGAAGACGAGACCAACGACCCAAACGAGGAUGAUGAUGGUGAAUUGAACGAAAAUGAGGAUGAUGAUUCAGAUGACACGGAGUCUCAGGAGUUUGGGGACUAUGAUGAUUUUUCAGACGAUGAGGAAGAUGAAGGUCAUGGUGACGGUGAUUACAAUUUGGAGAUUUCAAGCGUAGCGGUAACUGGACGAAUUUUACCACCCUGUUUGUAUUAUUUUCUGUUAACUUAUAUCUGUGUUGCUCCAGUUUACUUAAUCUGAGUUAUGCAGCUUACUUUGUACAUAAUAAACACAUUAAGUGUAAGC